GUAACAGAAACCCAACCCCUUUAAUAUCUCCUCCUCCUCCCCCUAUAUAUAUACCUCCCCACAUUUUCUUUCCCUUCACUCAAACCACCACACUUCUACUUAAUUCUCCAAUGGAGUUUCUUCUGUCCGCCAUUGUUUUUGUCCCAUUAGCUUCCUUCUUCCUCCUCCGUUCCCUUCUCAAAUUCUUCUCUUUAGGGCCAAUCAAACUCCCCCUCCCCCCUGGCACUCUGGGUUGGCCUUACAUUGGGGAAACCUUCCUUCUCUACUCUCAGAAUCCCAACGUUUUCUUCGCCUCUAAAGUCAAGAAGUAUGGCUCUAUUUUCAAGACCCACAUACUGGGUUGCCGCUGUGUGAUGAUUUCCAGCCCGGCGGUGGCGAAGAUGGUGCUAGUCACCAAGGCUGACCUCUUCAAGCCCACAUUUCCGGCGAGUAAAGAGAGGAUGCUGGGGAAACAGGCUAUUUUCUUUCACCAGGGAGACUACCAUGCCCGGUUGAGAAGGCUUGUUCUCCGGGCGUUCAUGCCGGAAUCCAUCAGAGCCAUAGUCCCCGACGUUGAAUCCAUCGCCGGAGCAACUCUCCGGUCCUUGGAGGGCCGUCUGGUCAAUACCUACCAAGAAAUGAAAACCUACACGUUCAAUGUGGCUUUGCUUUCCAUAUUCGGAAAGGAUGAAGUUCUGUACAGGGAGGAUCUAAAGACGUGUUAUUACAUUCUGGAGAAAGGGUAUAAUUCCAUGCCUAUAAAUUUCCCCGGAACACUCUUCAACAAAGCCAUGAAAGCCAGAAAGGAACUAGCCCAGAUUCUGGCCAAAAUCAUCUCUUGCAGAAGGCAAAACGGCGAAAUCUACAACGACUUGUUGGGAUCAUUCAUGGGAGAUAAGGAAAGCCUCUCCGACGACCAAAUUGCCGACAACGUCAUCGGAGUCAUCUUCGCAGCCCGUGACACUACAGCUAGUGUUCUCACCUGGGUCAUCAAAUUCCUAGCUGAAAACCCCACUGUUCUACAAGCAGUCACAGAAGAGCAAGAAGGGAUUUUGAGAUCAAAAGAGGAGAGUGGAGAAGAGAAGAUUCUUAGCUUUGCAGAUUCCAAGAAGAUGCCUGUUACUACUAGAGUGAUUCAAGAAACACUCAGAGUGGCUUCAAUCUUAUCUUUUACAUUUAGAGAAGCUGUUGAAGAUGUGGAGUUAGAAGGCUACCUAAUUCCAAAAGGGUGGAAAGUGUUGCCCCUGUUUAGAAACAUUCAUCACAGCCCAGAAAAUUUUUCAGAUCCAGAGAAGUUUGACCCUUCAAGAUUUGAGGUAUCUCCAAGGCCCAAUACAUUCAUGCCAUUUGGCAGUGGGACACAUGCAUGCCCUGGGAAUGAAUUAGCCAAGUUGGAGAUUUUGGUCUUUGUACACCAUCUGACCACAAAGUACAGGUGGUCUGUGGUGGGCCCACAGAAUGGAAUACAGUAUGGGCCCUUUGCACUUCCCCAGAAUGGUUUACCCAUCAGGCUCUAUCCUAAACCUGCAAACCAGUUAUAAGCAUUAAGGGAAUGCUUAAGAUUUGUCUCUCCAUUAAUCCAUUAAAAACCAAAAUGAUCAGAUGGAACAACACUUUUACAAAGAACGCCCAUGGUUUUCACAACAGCAAGUUGAAGAUGAAGAAAAAAGAUAUCAUGAGUGAUAUAUAUAUAUUUAAAUAUAUAAAUCAGGUGAGGAGUGAUGGGAAUUACAUGGAAACAAAGUGCACAUAGAGAUGGCCGGAGUUCCCAUAGUAGGUAGGAGUCUUAAAAUAAGAGAUUGUUAAAAAUUCUUUUGUUUCCAGACAAGAUGAGAAAGCCAGCUUUAUAGGUAUGGCUGGAGCCUAGUAAUUAGCAAAAAAUGAUUUUUUUUUUCUCACCCUCCCCAUUUGAUUGUUUGCAAUUUCUUACAUGUAUGGAUCGGAAGUCCGCAAGGCAAAUCAAUGAACAUUUCUUUCACUCUUA